UAGCCUCCCCCACUGUUCGCCAGCAGGGAUGUCCCAGUUAGAACCCGGCGUCCCUAGGAACCCUGGAGCCGGGCCAUGAGGUCCACCCGAGCCCUUCAUCAGCUGCGCCGACCCCGGAAGCAGCGCGUCGGAGAGCCCUCACUGCGAGGCAUGCACAUCCGGGAGCCCGGGCCGGGGCAGUUUCUCCAGACCGGCGGGCGGUGUGGAUUGUAGGUGGGGAUCCGGGUGCAGGUGGCCGGACUGUAGCGUCUUCGAGGUCUGGUCGCCCCUAUCGCUCCUUUGUGCAGAUGGGUAUACAGGCCCGACGAGGAGACACUCUCUCCUCGGCCACUAACAAUGCUGCGCGCAGCUGGGAGGAGCGGGGGAGCGCGGGGACCGCGCCUUUGAUUUAAGGCCUCGGCUUCUCCCGGGGCAGCGCUCAGAUGGACAGAGCCGCCUCUGGAAUGUGGCAGGCUCUGAUUCGUGUCCUGCCUGGGGUAGUGCCUAGCUGGAUGACCUUGGGCAAGUCGCUUCCGCUCUCUGAGCCUCGGUUCCUUCCCCUGAAACGGGGGUUGCUUAUCUCUUGACUCAGCAGGCGCUCAAUAAACACUAGUCUGAACUUGGUCUGUCUGGAAGGAAAGAGAAUCACUGAUUUUGAACUUUCAGUUAAAUUUGUUUGCGGCUAUUUAAAUAUAAAAUUAACACAAAUUGUCAUGUUUUUAGCUGGUAAUUUAUGCUGACUUCUGGGAUGAUGGGUUAAAUUGGGGGGGAGGGGAGUUUCAGUAUACAAAUUAAUGACGGUACAUGCAAAAUGUCUGAAGCACAGCUCCCAAGCAAAAGCAAUCUCUCUCCUGUAAUGUUAGUUAGGAGAAUGUAACAUCUAGUCUUUGCUGUGUGCUGGGCUGGCUCCCAGGCCCUUGACAUUCAUUGUUUAAUGCCCUGCUCGCCAUUGGGUUGAUGUUAUUCUUUCCAUUUAAGGAUGAGGAAAUGGAAAUUCAGAUAUAAUUACUUGCCCAAGGUCACAUACUCUGGGUCAAUCACAGAUCCAUCAAACUCUAAAACCUAUGCCCUAACCCACCAGCAGCCCCAUUUAUUAGCAGGGACUAAGCUAUGGGUUCAACUCACUUCAUCUCAAAACAGGAAGAAUACAUAAUUGGCCAAGAAAAGAAGAAUCAAACAGGGUGGCAGCCACAUCUGAAGAUUGGAGCUCUGUUGGGGAGCUGGAACCUCUAACCAACCCAUCUCUACGCGACUGGGGCUGAGGACCACCUUCAUUUCCCACUUCAGCUGUGGACUUCAUAAGGGAGACUCAGGGAUCUGGGAGUUCUCAGGGAAUCCUUUCCCUGAGACAUGGAACUUUGGAGCCGAAUGCUGUGGACUCUCCUGUCUGGCCCGGGGAGGAGGGGAGGCAUUCAGGGCAGGGCCUUCAGCUCAUGGCCACCCCAUCCACCCCCGGCUGAGCUAGUAAGUGCCACAGAGCUGGUCCGCCACUGGACAGCUAUCUUCGAGGAGCGGGGCAUCCCCGAGGCCCAGGAAUCCAGUGAGUACAUCAUUGCUCAUGUCCUUGGAGCCAAAACAUUUCAGAGCCUGAAACCGGCACUUUGGACUCAGCCCCUGAACGCUGGGCAGCUACAGUGCAUCCAGGAGCUGAAUAGCCGACGAUUGCAGAGGAUGCCCAUACAGUACAUCCUUGGGGAGUGGGACUUCCAGGGGCUCAGUCUGAAGAUGGCACCCCCAGUGUUCAUCCCUCGGCCAGAGACAGAGGAGCUGGUUGAAUGGGUGCUGGAGGAGGCAGCCCAGCAGCCCCAUGUGGUGGGAGCCCAGGGUGGGCCACUCAUCCUGGAGGUGGGCUGCGGCUCGGGUGCCAUCUCCCUCGGCCUGCUGAGCCACUUCCCCCAGAGCCGAGUCAUUGCUGUGGACAAGGAGGAGGCCGCCAUCUCUCUGACCCAUGAGAACGCUCGGAGGCUUCGGUUGCAGGACAGGAUUCGAAUUGUCCACCUCGAUGUGACGUUAGAGGGGAGUUGGGCGCAUCUUCUGCCCUGGGGCCCCAUGGAUCUGAUCGUCAGCAACCCUCCGUAUGUCUUCCACCAGGACAUGGAGCAGCUGGCUCCCGAGAUCCACAGAUAUGAAGACCCAGUGGCCCUGGAUGGAGGGGAGGAGGGCAUGGAUGUCAUUACCCACAUCCUGGCCCUGGCGCCCCAGCUCCUGAAGAACUCCGGUAUCUUCUUGGAAGUGGAACCAAGGCACCCGGAGCUCGUUGGCAGCUGGCUUGGCAGCCAACCUGACCUCUACCUUGAACUUGUGGCCGUGCGCAGGGACUUCUGUGGGAGGCCCCGGUUCCUUCAUGUCCGGAAGUCCCAGGCUGCCCAAGUGCCUGACUGAUGCUCCUUCCUGGAAUGCUGCCCAGAGGGAGGUUGGUGACACCUUCCAGAAUUGCAGGUGCUCACAGUGUUUCCUGUGGCCUGCAAUUCCCCAUGCUCUGUUUCUAGGAGACUUGAGGGGUAGAAGUGAGAGUGGAGGUGUCCUUUCUGGGCAGCAAAGAACAGGAGCAUCCAAAGGCUGGCUCGGGGUUCCCAGUUUGGCUCCAUCACAACAGUGUGGCUGAGGACAGGCUGCUCAGUGUCUCUGCUGUUGGAGCUGAGUCCUAGUCCCAUCCCCCCUAGAGCUGUUGUGAGAGUGUUGGGAGAUAUGGCCAGUAAAGUGUCGAGAGACUGAUAAAUUGUGA